UUCUACUAAAUAUACAUGUGUACAUUUAAUCUCCAGUCUCUCCUGAUUAAAUGUGUGGAUGCUUAUCGUAAAGCAUAUGUUUAUCUUGGCGAAGUGAUGACCAGCGAAGGUCGUCUUUCUGAUCCACGCCUUAUUUUCUUCCUCACCCACGACGAAAUAGGACAACUCCUUAAGAAUCGUUCUCCAAAGCUUAUUUCCAAGGCUUUUCAUCGACAACGUUUACAUUCUAAAAUGGACCACAUGAGAUUUCCAGAAAUUAUGAAAGGGGUUCCUAGGCCAGAGAACAUUAAAAAAACUGAACGUCUAGAUGCCGACAGAUCGUUUCUUUGCAUGAAAGGUACUCCAGUGAGCCAAGGGGUGGUGAAAGGACCAGCUACCGUUAUCAACUUUCUGAGUGAAGCCAGUAACAUCAAGGUAUGUUUUCAUGGGAACAAAACACUGGGAAUUUGA